UAUCCCGGACAAUGACGUCGAGCAGUCGCUCAUUCAGUGUUUCGCUUUAACUGUGUUGCCUGUCUGUCAGAUCAGCUGAUCACCUUAUCGCAAGGACCAAAACAGCUAACGCUAGCUUUACGUAGCUGGUGGUAAAAGUUAUGACAGGACAUGACCAUUUAACCGGAUUUAAUAAGAUCCUGGCUUUGGUGAGGAAGUGAGCGCAUCUGUCCGCCGACCGAACUGAAAGCUUUAUCUGGAGAAUAACUAUGCCUUAUCUCUGAGGAUGGGAGGAAGUGGAUCCAAAGCCAAAGGUGUCUGGCCUUUCUCAGGCAGUGGAGCUGGAGGCGAUUCGUCCAGCGAGGGGAACGAGCAGUCUGUGGCCCGGCUCAAAGGCACCAGAAAUGCAACACCGUUUGUUUUUACACGGAGGAGCUCUUUGUACUACGAUGAGGAUGGAGACCUCGCCCAUGAAUUCUACGAGGAGACAGUGGUGACAAAAAAUGGCAGAAAAAAGUCCAAGUUGAAGAGGAUUCAGAAAAAUCUGAUUCCACAGGGAAUUGUGAAGCUCGACCAUCCCUGUAUUCAUGUAGAUUUCCCCAUCGUCCUCUGUGAGGUGUGAAAAGUUCAACAUGCCUGAUGUGCUAAGAAGUGCGACCACAGGUUCUCGUCUCGGAGCAAAGUCUCGUUCCCGUCUCCAACCUCGCGGUCAAGACUGGAACUGUGGAGAAAACUGUCCUAUUAAACUGAUAUAUUGAAUGAAAUGUUAUACAUUUGUAUUCAACUAUAGUCAGUGGGUGCCCUGUUCACAAAAAAAAUCCACAUUUUGAUAUUCACAUAAGUAGUGAUGGUACAGGUUGUGUGUCCACUACCCAGCUGAUAUGUAAGCAGUCUUAGAGAAUACAUCAAAUGAAGCUGUAUUUCUCGUGAGUUUUUCUGCAGGGAAAAACAUUGUUGAUGUGAAAAGGCUUUAAUGGUAUAUGCCUUCUGUGAGAUGUAGAGUGAGGCUGUAUGUGUACACGUGUGCACUUAGGUUUGUUCGAGUGAAUGUGCGUGAGAGGGGAUCGAAGAUGUAGUUACAGGGUAGAGUAAUGAAGGAACUGCGAGGUUCAUUGUACAUAUUGGAUGGUCAUGUUCUGUGUUGUCACGUCUGAGUCUGUCUCAGUAACCGAAGCUCAGACCUGCACUAGUGAACAUAAUGUACUGUAAAUAAUUUCAGAUUUCUUAGUUGGAAAUACUUGAAUAAAUGGUUUACUGAGCUGAA